GCUGGGAUGCUCUAAGCAGGGUCGAGCAAGCCACACAUUUCCCCUGCGCCUCCAUAAAACCCUCGCCUCUUUCUGCUCAGGGCUCAAGGUAGGCAGGUCAUCGAGGAAGACACCGCGUCUGCGAGAGCUUUCAAGGGGAGACUUGAUCCAAGAGCUAUGGGCAACUCGUGUGUUACCGGUUCCGUUCCAGGCCGGUCAAACCAGGGACAGGGCCAGGUAUCCAACGGGGCACAGACAACCUUCAAGUGGACGAUCGAUGGUUUUUCCUCCCUUCUUGAUAAGGGUAAUGCGUGGACCUGCUCCAGUGUGUUUCAGAUCAGGGGGCUUAACUGGUACUUAAGGCUGAACCUAAGGGACACAAAGAGUGGCGACAAAGAAGAAUAUGUUUCUCUUAAGCUUGUGCUAGCCCAACGACACGUCAGAUCCGACAAGGUUGUGGAGGCAUCUUUCAAGUUCUUGAUAUAUGACCAGUCAUAUGGAAAGCACCAUGAAGGACAUCAAGUGAGCCACAAUUUUCAGAGUACAAGCACAACCUCUGGAACCUCGUGCUUGAUACCCCUCGCGACGCUGAAGGAGAAGUCCUCCGGAUUCCUUGUUAACAAUUGCUGUAUUUUGGGUGUUGAAUUUACAAGAGUUGUGGUUGCUGAAGGUAAAGAUGUGUCGGAGACGCUGUUUGUUCAGAAGAUUAACAACAUCUGCAGUGACCCCCAAGUCUACAGCUGGAACAUUGAUGAUUUCUUCUUGUUGAAGAACCUGAGCAUCUCUCCAGUGUUUGAGCUUUGUGGACACAAAUGGUUCAUCACUAUCCAUCCAUCUGGACAAGAUAAGAGUGGGAACUACCUUUCCUUGUACCUGAGCAUGAAGGUGUCGGAUACUCUCCGUGAGAACUCUGGAAACCUGGUAGAACUUAGCAUAAGCAUCAAAGACCAGGAAACUGGAAAGCACCGGAAAUUUUCAGGCCGGUGCCAAUUCUCAAAGAAUUCACCCAGUUGGGGAUGGCCCAAGUUCAUAUCGCUUGAAGAUUUCAAGGACUCGUCAAAUGGUUUUCUCUUGAAGAAGAAGUGCUGCAUUGAAGCUCAGAUUGCGGUCAUUGGUUCCUCUAAGAUAGAGUAGCUAGAUUACUCGUCCUCCGCAUAUGCUCAUUUGUGUGCCUGUAUUUAACUUGAAUUGCUAUUCUGCCUCUGGGUAUUUAGUCGUUUGCUUGUGCUGAACGUACAAGGAGUCUAAA